CUGACAAUGUGCAAUGCUUUCCCUCUCUUGAAAUCGUAAAAUGUGUUAUUGCUAUUUAGUCCAGCACUGUUACCAGCAUAACAUGUUGUGUCCUGCUGUCCAUACUGGAAUCUGGUCGUGAUGAUUUUGCUCACGUUGUGGUGUUUUAAACGUAUCUAGACUAGAAGAGAGUAUUUUACUUAGUUUAACAACACUCGACAAUGUAGACUACUUAGUUAAGCUCAUCAACCAUAUAAGAUUAUUGCUCUGUCCAUGGUGCUGCAUGUUUGUCUUAUGUAUCUUAGAAUCAUAGUCCUGAGUAGUAAUGGAAAUACUUCAGUGGUUGGUGACAACGGGCUACUAAGCUAUUGUAACCUGUUUGUUUCAUUUGCUGUUGGCUGUCCUGCGAUAUUGUUGCGAAUAAGUUCAAAAUGUAGUUGACUGUGGAGCAUUUCGUGAGACUCAACUUCGCACUGGGGAUGUUUCUGUUCUAUGUUUUAUGUUAUCUUUCUCCUUUAUACAAAACGAAGGGAUUUGGUGGUCCACUGGGUGUCAGUGUUACAUUAGAGUAUUGCUAAGGCGUCAGUCAAAAUUGACUCUGCCCCUUUCAAAUUGUGUAUUCCAGCUCGAACGCAAAUAAUGCCCUCGAUUCUGAUAUCAUCUCUCCGUCGCGAACGUGGUUUUCUGAAAUACAAUCUCAGGAGAACUAGAGGCGUUUGAAGAGGAAUAUAUUUGUGGAUACUAUUUCAAAUGAUUACACCAAAGGAAACAAAGGACAAAGAGGUAGAAUGACGUCUUGGACGGGUCCUUUAUUUCUCUCUCUCCUGUUUGGCUUUGUUGAGCUGAUUUCGGCUCAAAUAAAAUACUCGACUCCAGAGGAAGUUAAACUAGGAGCAGUUAUUGGAAAUAUUGCCAAGGAUUUGGGCCUUGAUGUCAGUACAUUGAUAAACAGGCGUUUUCGUAUUGUGUCUGGACCUCAGGACGCGCUAUUUGAGGUAAACCCGAACAAUGGCGUUUUGUAUGUUCAUAAGAAUCUCGAUAGAGAAAAGCUGUGCGAUAGAAAUGUUGAUUGUUUAAUAGAUCUGAAAAUCGUUGUUGAAAAUCCACUUGAGAUCCAUUAUGUCACGGUGGAAAUAACGGAUGCUAACGACCAUGCACCGAUGUUUGUCGAGAAAGAAAAGGUUCUAGAAAUAACGGAGAAUACUUUGCCAGGAGCACGAUUUCAAUUACCAGGCGCACGUGAUCCAGACGUUGGAAUAAAUUCAGUCCAGCGCUAUAAACUUAGUCAAAACGAUCAUUUUAAUCUUGAAACUCGAGAAAGGGGAGAAGAUAAAAUUCCCUUCUUAGUGUUGCAGAGGCCAUUGGACAGAGAGCAGAAAACCAACCAUUGCUUGAUUUUGACCGCUAUGGAUGGAGGGACACCACUAAAAUCAGCUAAUCUAAAUCUUACAUUAAUGGUUCUCGAUAUCAAUGACAACAGACCUACUUUUUCGAAGGAGGUUUAUUCUGUGAUAUUACAAGAAAAUGUUGCCUUCGAAACGCUUGUGAUAAAAGUCCAAGCAACUGAUCUGGACGAGGGAGCUAACGGGGAUGUCGAGUACGCAUUUGGAGGUGACAUGAAUGCCAAGGUGUUGGAGUUAUUUACUCUAGACAAAAAUUCAGGCGAGAUUCGAGUUAAAGGACAAAUUGACUAUGAGACAGCUGAUGUUUUCAAGUUAGACGUCCAAGCCUCUGACAGAGGUCAGCCCCCGACAACAACGGACUGCAGCGUUAUAAUAAAGAUCCAAGAUGUAAAUGACAAUGAACCAGACAUAGAGGUGACAUCAAUAUCUAGCAUGGUCCCAGAGGAUUCAAAACAUGGGACCGUGAUCUCUCUUAUUAGUGUUACAGACAUUGAUUCCGGCCUGAAUGGCAAAGUAAUGUGCAGUCUGACGGGGAAUGUACCAUUUGAAUUAAAACCAUCGUUUAAAGAAAACAUGUACUCUUUAGUGACAAAAGACACAUUGGACAGAGAAACUCUGUCACAUUAUGACAUUUCAAUAACAGCUACAGAUUAUGGUGAGCCUCCACUUUCCACAUUCAAAACUUUGAGUAUUCAGGUGUCAGAUGUGAAUGACAACGUCCCAGAGUUCUCACAGAGUCCCUUGGAAUUAUAUUUGACGGAAAACAAUAAUCCUGGCGCAUUAAUAUAUUCUGUUAGUGCAAAUGAUAAAGACUUAAAUGACAAUGCAGCAGUGUCUUAUCUUAUAAUUAGAGGGAAAGGCGGACAUAAUGACAUGGCAUCUUUUCUGAAUAUCAAUUCGGAAAAUGGACACAUUUCAGCGCUAAAAAGUUUUGACUUUGAAACUCUGAAAACGUUCCAGUUC